AUGAGUAAAGCUGUGCAAAACGAAGAAAGUGAAAGCACUCUUCAGGGGAGUGAGCUUCGUGAGGAGGGAAACAAGGCCUUUAAGAAUGGUGAUUUUGACGCUGCCAUUGAUCUCUACACCAAGGCUAUUGAGGUCAAUCCACAGGAGGUUGCGCUCUUUUCCAAUCGUAGUGCGGCUUACAUAAAGAAACGUUCCUUUUCAGAGGCUGCGCGUGAUGCGGAGGCGGCCAUUGCCAUCGACCCGACAUUUGCAAAGGCGUACUUCCGCCUCCACAACGCCCUCUGCAAUCUUGGCCGCUUCGACGAGGCUGCCCGGCGGCUGUUGGCGGGCGUCAAGGCCCUUGAGGCCGCUAGUGCCCCCACGGAGGACAUCCGCCACCUCCGCGAACUUCACGACGGGGCGGUCGCCGCCGCGAAGGCCACAGAAACCGCCCGCCGCCUCCUCAGCGAGCGGCAGCCCGACGCCGCCGCGCAGGCACUCGGCCCCACCGCCCACGCCUUCCCGGAGUGCGCCCCCGUGGCGUUUCUUCUAGCAGAGGCGCGCGCCCCACGGCACCCGGAUGAAGUCACACGUGCCCUCAUGCCAUUCGCACUGACACACCAAAGUGACCCCGCAUACUUGUAUGUGCGCGCGUUAGCAAGUUAUUACCGUGGUCAGGACGGAUUUAAAACUGCACAGACGAUUCUUCGGCAGACAUUGGGACUUGAUCCAGAUAAUUUAAAGAUUAGUGCGUUACUUAAAAAAAUACGUGUUAUUGAAUCACAAAAGGAAAAUGGUAACAGUGCUUUUAAAGAAAAACGAUAUAAGGAUGCCAUUGAAGCAUACGCUGCGGCCAUUGACAUGGAUCCUUCUAAUUUGAGAAUGGUGGCUACCUUAAGAGGAAACCAGGCUGCUGCCAAGAUGGAAUUAAAAGAAUACUCAAGUGCCUUAUUAGACUGUGAUUUUGCUAUUGCAAAUGGUAUGGAUAGUGCUAAACUUUACGCACGCCGAGGACGCAUACAAGAGGCACUUGAAAACUAUGACGAUGCUGUAAGAGACAUUCAAAGAGCAGCUGAAAUGGAUGAUUCUUACAGUAGAGAACUUAAUCGUAUUAAGGCAAACGCUAAGAGAGCGAAGCGAAAAGAUUAUUAUAAAAUACUUGGUCUUUCACCUAAUGAAGGAGAUGAAUCUUCUAUUAAACGUGCAUACAAAAAAGCAUGCUUACAAUGGCAUCCUGACAAGUGGGCGAACGCGAGUGAAGAAGAAAGACUUCAUGCUGAAAAAAUGUUUAAAGAAGUUGGAGAAGCCUUUUCUAUUCUUUCAGAUCCAAAGAAAAAACGUAUGUAUGACAAUGGACAACUUGACAACGCAGUUGAAGGGGCUAGUGAGGCUCAGUUUUCAAACUUUGAUGCAGAAAUGAUGAAUAUGAUGUUUGGAGGCGGAUUUGGUGGUUUUUCAUUCCCUCGUGGUGCACAUCAAGGGGGAUUUGGUUUUUCUGAUGCCCAAUCAGGUUUUCGUCAACCGGGAUUUACGUUCAGGUUUUAG